AUGAAACCGCCAUCAUUCAAGGGGGGAAUAGAACCGGUGAAAGCUGAAGCAUGGGUGUUGGGGAUAGAAAAGUUGUUCGAAGUUUUUCCUUGUACCGAAGCCCAAAAAGUGCAAUAUGCUGCCUUCACGCUCGAAGACGAAGCACGGAGGUGGUGGAUGCUUACGAGAACUGUACACCAAGGAUUAACAUGGGACAGAUUUUUGGAACUAUUUUAUGACAAGUACUUUCCCCAAAGUAUGCGAGAUAAGAAGGUGACAAAAUUUGAAACUCUCAGACAAGGAAACAAGACUGUUGUGGAGUAUGAAGCCCAAUUCGCAGAACUAGCCCGGUUUGUACCUUAUAUGGUGGAUAUGAAUUAUAAGAAAGCACAGAAAUUUGAGGGGGGAUUACGGAAUACUAUCCUUGACCCAGUCAAUAUGUUGAAGUUACCCACCUAUGUUGAUGUGUUGAAGAGGGCUGUUAUAGCAAAGGGAAACAUUGCUGCUCAGAAUCGGAUUUCUGAGUGGAAAGGAAAGAGGCAGAACACUCAAUUAUCAAGGGGUCAGCCACUCCACCAAACAAGAAACAAAAUUCGGGAACCUCUAGGAAAGAAGCAUCGUGGGACUUGCUACCGAUUGACUGAAGCAUGUUUCAGGUGUGGCAAGACGGGCCAUUUGGUGAAGGACUGUCCUCAAAGGAAUCAGCAAAAUGGGAAUAGGGCUACUACAAGCUCAACAGGGUCUAGACCAGCUCCCAACACCAAGUCAGUCGCAAAGCCUGUUAAUAAUAAAGACACCGCUAGGCAAGGAAGGGUGUUUGCACUGGUUCCAGGAGAUGUGCAAAAUGCUGCAACAGUGGUGUCAGGUACAUUUAUUAUUCAUGGUGAUUCUACUCAUGUAUUGUUUGAUUCUGGCUCUACCUAUUCCGUUGUGUCAAAACUAUUUGCUCAAAAUUUAGAUAGAUCUGAGGAAACAUUAUCUUAUAUGUUAUGUGUGUCUUCACCUUUGGGAGACACUAUGGUUUGCACUUCUGUUUAUUUUGCUUGUGAACUCCAAUUUGGGAAUAUCCGGGUAUAUGCCAAUUUGCUACCUCUUAAUAUGACUUAUUUUGAUAUUAUUCUGGGAAGGGACUGGUUGAGCGAAUAUUGUGCGACUAUUGACUGUUUGACUAAGCAACUCAGUUUCCACCCUCCGAGACAAUCAGAAUUUACCUUUCAGGGACAUGGAGUGACUUCUCCACCUUAUUUGAUUUCUGCAAUAAAGGCCUGUAAAUUAAUUCAGAAAGGAUGUCCGGGAUAUUUGUGCAGUGUCUUAGAGGGGCAACCAAUGAAUGGGAGUACUAAUAUGAUUUCGGUCAUCUAUGAAUUUCCAGAUGUUUUUCCGGAGGAAUUACCAUGA